UGCUUGCCGCCAUCGUCACCUUCGUCGUUCAGCAUGGUCAAGGUAGAAAUCGUCGAGGAGCGCGACCAAGAUGCUACUAACUCUCCCUAUCUUUCGCCUUCGUCCUCGCGCACGUCAUCUUCCGUCUCGCUUUCCUCCGUUGGGUCAGAACCGGAUGGCGAGGAGACGUUUUACGAUCGUCUGAGAGCCCUCGUCGACAUCGUGCCCCCCACCACGCGCCACAAGAUCUCUUCUCGCGUUGCUAACGCAGCGGGCUUUUUCAAGUCGGGUGGCAAGCUCGUCGGAAACCUCGUUUGGAUAGUCACGACGAGCGCUCUCCUCGUGGGACUGCCUCUCGCGCUCAGCCUUGAGGAUGAGGCCAAGAUUGUGGCACAAGAGAAGGAGAUGCUCGCACAGCAGCAGGGUGCGCAGCAGAUGAUGGCACCCUCCAUGUACCCUGCUCCGCCUGGGUCGCAACCAAGCCAGAACCAACAAAAGGGUAUCGUCCCGCCCGGCUUCUGAACACCUUCGCACACUCCAUGACGUUUGUCCUUAGUUGGACAUGUCUCUUACACUACACCCACGUCGCAUUCUGUCUCCUACUGUAUUUCCUCUAUCUCGGAUCCUCCGCAGUACUCGAAAUUCGUCACGCCCCGCUCAAUCCAUGCAUGCUCGUUUCCCCAGCCUCCUGACACUCUGUUGGUCUCUGCUGGAUAGCAUCUGCUUGUUUACCAUAUGCUUGACACGUAAGUCUUCCUUAUGUAUUUGCGUUCUUAAAACC